ACGAAGAUGGCAGACAUCCAGAGUCCUGAAAUUUUAAAAUGUUACAUUCACAGAUUCGGCAUUUCCUUACCCUUCAAAGAUAUCAUAAGCUUAAAGAUUUGUCAGAGUCAAAGAUAUAUUUCAAUAGAGAAAGAAAAUUCUCUGCUAGAAAUCAUCAAACUUGACACAAAACAGAGUAAUGUGAAACCAGUUGAAAUAGAAGGCAUAAAACAAAUUGUAUGGAACACAGACCAUUCCAACACAGUAGAAGGAAGUUUUGUUUGUCUGAAACAAGAUGGUAGUUUGUUAUGUUACAAACAGCAUACAGAGAUUGCCCUUCAACAGAAUAUUAAUGAAGUCAUUGUGCAAGAAGACAAAAUUGAUUUCAAAGACUUUAAAUUAGCCAGUUACUAUGGAAACCACCUAAUUGUGAAAAUAAAAGAUGAAUUGGUUGUUAUGGAGAUAAAAAAGGCGGGAUAUAAAGUUGUGACAUCCAUUAUUAUACCUAAUAAUACAGUAGCACACAAUGUUUAUCAUAUUCUGACUGGCUUCGUAGCAGUGUUUGAUGGUGAAACAACAAUUAUUACAUUAUACAAUAUAACCAAUGGAGAUAUUGUAGCUACUGUUAACCUAUCAAGGACAAAUAUUGAAACAGACAGAAUGUUGUCAUGGCUAUUUACUCCAGAUCUAAAAUAUUUGGUUGUCAUGGAAAAUACAUUAACAGUCACAUCUAUAAACCUUGAUAGCUAUAUUCAACAAUUUCCAUCAUGUGUUAGCAGAACAAAAUUAAAAGAUCUCCAGUUUUCAAAUAAUGAAGUUCUGAACACUAUUCAUGUUGGGGAUUCCACUUGGAGGAGAAAACUCUUAACCAUUCAUGAUCAUAACUCAAAACUACCAACUAAGCCAUGGUAUACUGAACACAAAUCCAGCAAUUCAACUUUAAAUGUAAAACCUCAAUCUACUAGGUGGAGAGUAUCUGGUUUUUGGAAGAAAAAUAGAACAAAGUCGCAAAAUACCAUAGCUAAUCUAGAAGGCGAUAAGAAAAUACACCUUCCUGCUACGUUACAAGGAAUGAACAUCGUCGAUGUUGUGAUUGGAAAGUUUUCUGUCUCUUUACAUUUACAGUCACCAAAAGAAAAUGUUAUAUGUGUAUGUGAUAUACAGAAACAGACCUAUAACAUACAAAGACUUCCUGUUAACUGUUUUGUGAUGUUGUCAGCACAGUCACAAUUUCCACAUCUAGUUGCUAUGGAAACUCAUCUAACUUGUAUUAUUCCAUGUAUAGAACAAGAAGAAUUUGUGAGCUUGAUGAUGGCUUAUGCUGGAGCAUCUGUAGCUGAUGUCCUGUGUCAUAUCAAUAAAUGGGGGAGAUGUUCCUUACCUUUACACACCUUAGAGAUUGGUGUAAAACACAGGCAACUCGAUACUGUAGUCUUCUUUCUUAAAAGUAAAGAAAAUUUAUUUUCCUCUACAAAAUCAUUUGUGACAUCACCGGCUUCCCCACCUGUGGCAUCUCCAUCCUGGUCAUUCAGUUCUAACCACUAUGACAACAUUGUACAGUUACAACCAGCUUUAGAAUUGUUAAUACAGUCUAUAUCAGAUAACCUUACAGAUUCUCAGUCACAGGAUUUUGUCAAAAGAUUAUCAGAUAUAACGCUAGAGUUUCUCUAUGGCUUACUUAGUGAUGCUUUAGAUGUACUGGAAUCUGUCAAAUAUAAAAUGAAUAAUGAAUCAGAAAUAGAAGACAUGAAAAAAUCAAUAGAUGUAAUACUGGAAGAUAUAGCAGACAUAAGACAGUGUCUUAGACAGAUAGAAAAAGAAAACAAGUUGAAAGAUGGAAAGGAUGAAGCGAAAAGAGUACCUGAUACAGGACAUGAAGCUCUAGAAAACAAAUCUGUUGAUGAAAUUAUACAAGACGCAGUGUUAUCCAACACUAUUCCAAUAGUGCAAGCCAGUCUACUUGAAAAGGGAGAUAACUCUAGGGCUGAUAUAAAUCAUAUAACAAACAACAGUAUUGUCAGAGCAGUGAAAUAUCUAUGGGAGAAACAAUCCAAACCUGCUAUUGCCAUUUUGUCCAACUUGGGUUUGAAUGUAAAUAGUAAGUUAUGGGAAGUGGCUGCCAUUUGUGAAGACAGGACAAUACGUAACUUCAUUAUUGAAGAACUUACUGGUAGAAAAUGUUUGACAGAGGAACAAAUGGAAAUUGUUAAAUAUGUAAAUGAAUUAGAAAAGAGAUAUCCAUCAUCUUCAUUCAGUUCUGCUGUAAAAGAUGCUAGAAAAAUAGAGGUCCCAUUAGACAGGUUAGAGAAUAUAUUUUUGUCCUUUGGUGACUCUCCUGAGUUUGAUUUGUCAUUAGAAUGCGAUGAUUUAUCUGCUACAGUCUCAGAAGACCUUCAAAAUACAGGAAAAUACAGCCAUGUGUUGCUAGACUGGGUACAAAGAUGGGAUCCUGAUACUAAGGAACUAGUUAUUAUGGAAGAAGAUCCAAAAGAAGUUAAACUUAUACAUUUAAGAUAUCUUCUUCGUUACAACAAAUUGGAAAAGCUGUUGUUAUGGAUACAAGGAGCAGUUGAAAAAGACUUUCCCAUAAUGCAUCAGUUACUUGAACAUUUGGAUGAGUGCACAUCAUAUAUCAAACUAGUUAUUACUGAAGCAUGUGCAAGGAAAGGUGUAUUUUUGAAAACAGAGGAAUUCAACACCCUAGUUUCUGACUUAAGAUUAGUUGGAGGAGCCUUGGAACUGCCACACCCACUCAGUAACAGUACAUUGGAAGAAUUAGAUAACUUUCACAGAGACUUCAUUCAGUAUUGUGUAAAGAACAACCUACCUACUGUGUGGCAAUACUGUACUACACAUAAGUUAUCUUAUAGUUGGUUAAAGAAAUUUAUACAUAGCAAUGAAGAGUGUUGUUGGCUAUCUAUGUUAGUGUCAAUGUACAGACUAAGACAUAAACCAAAUGAUUGUUCUGCCAUGGUUGAUGCAAGCAUCAGUAAUGGACAACUUAUAUGGUCUUUAAACAAACCUGAAAUUGGAGAAAUCAUGAAGAAUGGGGAAGUUCUAACUGCCAUGGCGACAGUAAUGUAUUCAGAGAAUAAAUUGCAACAGAUUGUAGGAGACCAGAACAGUGCUCCAGCAAUUCCAGGAAUUGAGAAUACAGAGCUUGAGAAAGCAUUACAGAUAUUCCCAAAACUUCACUCUGCUUUAUUCCCAGCACUGACCAAGGAAUCUACACAAAAUGAUGUCACAAUCUAUCAACUGUUAAUGGAUAAUGCUCCAUUUGAUCCAAGAAAGUUAUUUGGUUGGCAGCCUGUAAACACACUAGCAUCAGAUGAAAGUCCAAAAGAAAUGCCUUACUUCUCUCAGCCAGAUUUAGUGACUAAAUAUGGAUAUACAGAGAAAAUCAGAUAUAUGUAUUACCUAAAACAAGGGAGACCAUCCUUUGCUUUUGUGUCAUUUCUGGCUGAAGCAUAUGACAUGGAACCUACUGGUAUAACACAACAGAGAAUUCAAGAUGCUACUAAUACGGCACUGUGGAUAGGAGUAAAGAAUUUUUCAAAUACACAGGUAGCUAGUACAUGUGUGGUAUUUAUGGAAAUGUUAGGUCAAGAUACCUGUAUACUAAGGACAUAUCUACAGGUGGGAAAUGAAAUUUUGUCAGACCUCAACUCAAAUGUGACUGGCAAUGUUGACAAGAGGAAGGAACUAGUUCAGAAGAAUGAAAAUGAUAUAGUGUCAUGGAUUUGUGCCAGUGUUUUAAGAAGAGGAAAACAUGCCAAACUGUUGUUACAGAAAUUAGAAGAUGCAAUUUUAAAUAAUUUAGACAAAGAAAAUAUCAACAGAACAAGUUUUGAAGCAGGACAGAAAUGGACGAUAGCAGUACUAUUUUGUCAUCUACUACACAUUCCAUUGACCACAAAAUAUCUAGAACUGACAGCUAAGUCUGACAGAUGGCUCCCAUUCUUAUGGUUCUCACAAAUGCACCAGUAUUCAAAAGAGCAGCUUCAGAGCCAGCUUUAUCACUUCAAAAGUCACCAUCUCCAGCAGCAUUUACACUAUGUCAUUGAAAAUGCUGAGGUCAAAGCUCAAGGGGCAAAAGUUACUGAAAAGUCACAUGACAAGAAGAAAGGGAACAAAGAUGUCAGAUCUAAUUUAUAUUCUAGAAUUGGCUUAGCUAAGGAUAUCAAUCAAGUUUUAAGAAACAGGUUAUCUAUUGAAAGAAGCAGUAGUGAUGACGAGAUAGAGAUACAAGAUGUCAGAAACUCCUCAACAGAAAUAGAUGAAACUGAACUGAUAAUAAGAGAUAGUGAAGCUGUGUCAGAUGAUUUGUUUAGUGUGGUUUUCCAUGCUCAGUCGUCCAGGAGUCCAUGGAAAUACCUUUUAGUCAGUGGCGUUACAGUUUAUAAUCCAAUACUCACAGAAUUAGCUGUUUGUCUAGAGAAUGCCAGUCUGAUAACCUGUAUGUGUGGCUGGUUAGUUUGUAUGAUGAAUGAACAGGAACAUGACAGAUUUCUAGAGGAUUAUGGGAAAACAAUAUGGAAGUGGAACAUAAAAAACCUGAAUCAUCUGAUAGAAAUCUACCUUAAACAUAAAUGGAACAGAACUUUGAAGACAUGUUUUCAUAUAUUUCUGCCGGAUUGCACCAUACUACCCUUUUUGAAGUUCUCAGCUGAAUUGAUAGACACUAGAGAUCAUACACUAUGUAGAAAACAUCUACAAGAGUUUAAGGAAGCUGUUUCUUGGGCAGCUUCCUCAGAGGGAAAUGAUUAUCAGCAGAAGACAGUUUUAUAUGAUUCUGAUUGGAUACAACAAACAACAUACAAGAUAUUACUUCAUCAUUUUACACAUACAACAAAUCUCUAUGAUUUACAUCAGCUUCUGAAAAUUCUUGACACUGAAAGUGCUGUUUUGUUGUUUAAAUUUGAUGUUCCAGAUUUUGGAAAACUUUCUAGACUUCUUAAUAUAGCAGUGAAUAACCAGGUAUUAGACGUAAACUUUCCACAGCUGAUAUCAUCUAAGGAUCAAUUUGAUACUGAAUGUCAACGAGUUGUCAUGGUGAUGAUACACCAAGGUUUCUUCCAGGCUGCUAGGGAUUUAUCAACAGCAGCUAAACUUAGUUCUGAUCAUGUGACUCUGUCUGAGGUGAGAAACAAGAAACAGCAACUACAGAAAUCAUCAGUUUGGAUGUCAGCAACGGCUAGAAAUAAAUUCUGGUUGAAAUGUUCGGAAAUAUUCAAGAAAAACAAGGCAGAGAGUAUCAUAUCCCAGUUUUACAAGGAAGAAGCAGAAAAAAUAGAAGACUUUUUAGAGAAGUCCUUCUUGUAUCAACUAUGUUUAGAUCAUUUAGAAAGUUGUAAGGAUCCUCCACCAUAUGAAGAAUUAUAUCGACAGAUGUGGAUGUGUCGCAUCCAAUAUAAAACAAAACAGAAGAGUACUAUGCCAACAGUUGAAGACAUGGAUGAUGUUUUCCUAAGCACAGACACAAUUAAACAGCACCACAACAAGAAAGAUCUAUUAUGUUUCGGUAAACUUCCCCAAAAAUCAGAAAUAGAUUCCAGUUUGAAUGUAAAGGAGGACACUGCUUUGAAUGGGAUUAUGGAGGAACUUUUAGAAAAUGGACAAGUUUGUGAAUGUUGUCAUUUAUCUGCAGAGUUUAAACAUUACAAUAGGGAUCUAACUAUAAUUCUGACAUGUAUCAGGUUAGCUUUAGGAGAGGUCAGUAUUAGAGAGAAUAUGGACAUGGAUAUGGUCAAUCUAGUGAGUGGAGGUCCAGGAAAGUUACACAGAGCUUCUGUAUCAAGUCCUGCAUUGCUCACCAAAUCUUCAAGUAGUAGUAAUUUAAUGGUACCUAUGGGACCAGUAACAUACAGCUGUUUUGGAAUAGAGAUGGAAAAGGUUGUUGUAACCAUGGAAACUCUAUGUUCUCACUGUAACCAUGGAAACCAGUUUUGCAAGCAAAUAAUUAAUUGUUUUAUCAUUUCUUUGGUAUUAGCUACAAGUUAUGAAUCAGUGGUCACUAGUGAAGCAUUUGAUAUUUUAAGAUCUUUAUUGGAAACUGAUUUUCCACACAAAGUAAAACUUGCAGCUGACUUCCUUAGUAAUAGUUCACUGUCACCAGAAGAGGUUGCUGGAUUCCUGUCAGAAUCAUUUGUCACGUUCUAUAAAGUAAAACAUGGUCUAAUUGCAGUACAAGAUAAAAGAGAACUAAUCUUUGAUGAGUCAAUAGGUGUAGUUACACAGUUUAUAAAGUUAUGUCCUGAUCCAUCCCUACUGGGUGAUAGACUCUUAGAUGCUGUUACAUCAUUGUCAGUGGAUCAAGACUUAAUGUCACCAAAAGUGCUAGCCAUGCAGACAGACUUGUUAAUAUUAGCUCACUCCUGUCACACAGUGGCAUGUAAUAUGGAAGGUAUAUCUAAUGUUUUACGAGCAGCGAGAGCUAUGACAUCUUGUUUACAGUCAACACAACAGUUCUCCCUCAUGGUGCAAUUACUGACAGGUAUUGGAAGAUUUGGUGAAAUGACCUACAUAUUUGAUAGUAUAAAACAGAAUGAGCGGUUUGAGCUGUUACUGAAGAAGGGAAUAGACAGGGAGGAUAGUUUAAAGCUAGCUAUUUUGGAUUAUCUAAAACGUUACCAUCCAAAGGACAAAGAAACUUAUGACAUGGUGGCUCAUAAUUUUAUGUUACAUAGACAAAUAGCUCAGACUUUAGAAACAAGAGCAUACAGUACACUAGAUGGACUAAAGGGCAAAACAUUAGAGAAUACACCAGAUGUACAAACAACGUUACAGAACAUCAUCCAGUAUUUUACAGACGCAGCUGAAAGUUACUUUAAGGAGAAAUGUGUUCGACAUGCUCAGAAGUGUGUUAGACAAGCAAGACUGGUAGCCUUACAGUUACAUUAUCUUCCAGCAGGAAACCAGUUACUCCAUUUAAGUGAUGAAGAAGCAGAUGAUGUUAUUUGUCAACAUCCUAAAUUCUUAGAGGCAUUGAUACUAAGUCAAAGUUAUGGAAGAAGAAGUUGUUGGUCCGAUGCAUUAUGCCACAAUGUUAUUAUGAAUGGGGACUUCAGAUAUCUAAAAGAUUUUAAACAACAUCUUAAACUUUCACCAACACAGAUUAAAGAGGCUGCUGAAAGAUACCAACAUACACCAAACAAGACUAAUUCAUCCUUGAAUAAUUUGAAAAAGUUACUAACAUUUUGUAAAGACAUUAAACUACAGUACAGUUUAGCAGUAGAAUUUAGCCUAAAAGACAUUGUUACAACUCUGGAGAAUGGUGAUUCUGGUGCUUAUAUCAAAGACAUUAUAGCCAACAAAACUUAAAUCACCCUCAAUGAAAUGAUAUACAUAUUUCGAUAAAAGAACAAAGUCAUUUUUUCAGUAUUAAUAUAAAUGAGUUAUAAGUAAAAUUAUUGCACAGGCAGAUCUUAUGGAUUUGUACAAAACAACAAAUUCUAGUGUCAAAGCUGUGUGCCUUGAGAUAUUUUAAUUCAAGCAUUCAACAUUUUAUGCUGAGAAUGAAAUCAUAUGUAAAGGGCCAUUGAUGAAGGUGCUGUAAUGUAAUUUUAGAACGUGACAGGAAGUUUAACUUAAUACUGCACAGUAAAUUCAGAAUUUUUUGCAUGCAUUUUUUAUUGCGAUUUUUUGACAAUACACAACAUAGCUUGAAUAAUUAUUGUGAUAUCAUGAAAUCUUAUAUACAAAUAUUGCAAUUAAAAUCUAUGCAAGUUUUUGUUCUUGUGAAACUUAUCCUGUCACAACGAAGUAAUAAAAAAAUCACAAAAAUUGCAGAAUUUACAGUUAUUAAUAAUCUACAUGUGUCCUAAGAGAAGUUUAGUUGACUUACACUCCAUGACCUAUAUUCAAAGUUUAACAAGGUAUAAAAGUUACUUUGGUGUUAAUAUGUCUUAUCAGAGAAAGUAUGGACUAUUAUACAGACCUAGAUGUCUUUAAAUGUUGUGUUGUUAUGUUCCUGCUUCAGGGCUGUUUCAGAAAUAAAAGUAUUUGGUGGAGGAAGGGACAGAAAUGCACUUUUUUUAUGCUGCCUUGCAUCAAAUUUUAAUUGGUAAAUUCCUUAAAUUAUUCAGGCUGUCAUUCUUUAAUAAUCACUUCAUGUCUUAUUUUUAAAAGACGUGCCUUCCAACCAACCCUACCUCUUGCCCCAUAUAAUCGAUUGUGGAACAGCCCUUGUUAACAUUUUACUUAUACUUCAUCUCUUCUUUUAUUCAUAUUUAAAAGUAAACUACAGAUUUUAUGUUAACGUAUAGUGUAUCAGUAGUCUAACAUCAUUUAUAAUACAUGCAUAGAAAAGUGGUUUCAAGUGUUUCCAUAAAUGUAUAUGAAUUCAAAAGAAGAGGACCAAUAUUUAUAGUUUCAUUCUUUCUUGGUUGUAAGAAUUUGUGCAAUACAAGUUAUUUUUGUUAUUUUUAUUAAUAAAAAAACAUUGAAAGCA